AUGUCUUCGACGCCGUCUUAUGAAGUCUAUGCCCGAUGGGAGAAAGUCCUGUGGCGGCGACAAUCUUUUGACGAUAACUAUGUGGAUGCAUCAUUUCUGGGACAGUUGAGAAUAAAUGCUACAGCCGCUUUUCCCACGAGUGUAUCCCUCGUACUAUCCUCACUUAGUAUUGGCCAGCAAAUGGCCUCCGUUUUUCUCUUUGUUGCCCUCUUCGUGCAGUUGCAUAUGGGUUGGCUCCAUGCGGCUGAACUAGUGUGGACGAGUUUGGCUUGCUCUUUGCUAUUAGCAGGUGCUGAGUCCACUGCGCGCAAAUAUAGUAUUCGCUCAAUUGUGCGUGGAGCCAUGAGUCUGACAGUACUCGGAUUUGCACUUCAUGCGCUCUCUCCUGUCGUGAGAACCUUUAGUGAAGCAACGACCAACGACAGCGUGUGGGCGUGCGCGGCCGUUCUAUUCGUGGGUCACCUUGCGUUCGCGAACUAUUCGAUGCGCCCAGACUCUGGUUCUCGACUGACGUCAACGAUUAGCCUCAAUAUGGCGAUGUGCGCAAGCGUGGUGCUGUCAAGUCGACUCAUGUCGGAUGUAGACGUGUUUGCUUUGUUGCUGGUCGCACUGCAACUUUUUGGGAUUUUUCCGCUGCUUCGUGACCGCAUGCGAGUGUUCGAAAGUGGGGCAAGGUGCUGUGUCAAUUAUUAA